AUGUUAAGUCUAGCACCAAGUUCCGACGUGAAGGGCGACCAGGAUGGACCAGCAACGAAUACUCCGCACUUGGGAUCCCUAUCAUCGCAGCUACCGGGCGACGCUGCCCAACCCAUAAACUUUCUUGAACUGCUGCGGGAGUUACAAGAGACCAACCGCCUACUAAGAGCCGUGGUUCUGCAAAAACCGGCUCAUGGUCUCGAAGGGAUAACCCCAGAAUUGCUUACCCCCUCCUUGCCGCUGUCGGCUGCUGCAUCGUCCCCCACUGCAAGCACCAGCGAUGUGAAAGAAGCUCAGUCGCCUGAAAAGGGUCCAGCGGACCCAGCUAUGGUGAAGAGAAGGGCCCUUGAAAUGGUCAACGAACUGGCCCGCGAUGCGUUUGCUCCGAAUAAUGCUGUUCUACUGGGUAUUCUACGCUAUCAGUGCAUCAAGUCCAUGUCAUGGAGCAGCGAUAGGGAUUCUUCCGAGGUCAGCGAACUGGUUUGGGGUGCGCGGAGCCGAAAUGAGGAAAGGUUUCGUCUGGCUGCCGAUGAGGUUGCUCAAGUGGAACAGCAAUGGCCCAUCCGCUUUGAUCCCGGCCCAAUGAUUCACAGGACAACGUUGGAGGCUGGCUGGAUCCUCGGAAACAACCCGGUGCGAGACGGUCCGCUGUGCGCCACUCCUCUCUUCUAUGGCGCUGAACGACGGUUGCUGCCGGCAAACGCCAUCCUCGACACCUCACAAAAGGUUACCGCAGCGGCUGCAAACAUGCCGAGUUCCAACUUGGAGAGUCCUGGCUCGUUGUGGCACUUUUCAACACCACUAGAGGCCAACGGCAUCGUGCCUCUGAGACGCCUGGCGCUCAUAGGCGCGGUAUGCUGCCGGAAAGACAACGACGAAGUCAACGCCGUGGACGAUUUUCUCCAGGACUUUUGUGGUAGAUGGAGACCCCUCCACCUCCGACGUAUUAUUGCUAGUGAAUUCAUUGGCUGGUCAGGGGGCAGCCAACUGGUCUACCAGCACACUAUGCGAUGCUUCACUAGCGUCAGGUCAGGAUUCACCGACACCUCCGCCUCCGCCUCCGCGGCGCCGACCUACGUACGCUGCAAUCGCGAGAGCGGGGAAUUCCCAAGCCUCUCAGACACCGUGUCUUCGUCCUUUGUUGAGCAGCGCAUGUCCGUCUUUUGCCGCUGGUCCUAUGUGUCCGACCCGCAACAAUUCACCAUCGUGGUUCUUGGUGACUUCCAGGCCGAGAAAUACGAAGCUCAAAGUUCAAACGACCAUUUCACUGACUGGGAGGACCGGAAUUUCACUGUUCGAGGGGCCAAUGCGAGCUAUCAUCUCCUUCAGUCCGUCAUCCACCGUAUGUUGGUGUUUUGGGAGAAGGAGUGGUCUCAAUGCUUGGAUGAGCUUGAGCAGUCGGUCAACACUCAGCUCAAUGACAUCCUCAACGACGAGGCCAGUAGUCGUCUCAUGUUUGAUACGUCGUUUGAGAGAUCUCGUGUCUACUUCAAGUCACUCGAGAUGCUGCGCAUAUUUUCGGACACGAUUCGGGAAACCGGCCGCGAACUGCAAGAGAUGGACCCCAAACUAUUGCUCCAGGGCAGUUUCCGGCGCGCGGGGUUCGAUUACCGAUAUUUCUUGAAGGACGACCCUGCCAAAGACGAGGCACUCUGGGAGAAUUGGGAGACCCUCGUCAGUUUCCAUAGGAUAGCCGAGGAGCGGCUGCUGCAUCGGAUUGCUGAGAAGACCGAGGGCAUCAAAAGCCUGCGAGAUGGGUUAUUCAACGCCACUUCGUUACGUGAAGCAGCCAAGUCUACGACCAUGAACCGUUACGUCAUUGUCUUUACCAUCAUGACAAUCCUCUUCCUCCCGCCGAGCUUCUCAGUGGCCUUGGUCAGCACACCGCUGUUUGAGGGCGCCGAGGACGUCGGAUAUCAAUUCACGCUCUCCACCGUGGUUGUGUGCGUAGUUACUUACGCGCUUUCCUUCGUUCUCAUCAUACUGGCUGAUAGGUGGGAUGUUGCCGGUGCGCUCUACCGCGAGAUGCGCACGUUAGUGCGCGUGGCGUGGGCUGGGACUGGUGUUCCGGCGCUCAUGAGAGCAGGUAAAAGGAGCCAGGCAAAACGGAAGGUGGCAAGGAAGGAGAAGGAGGAUGUGUAG